UCUCGCAGCUCUAGACACUGGAUUUCUGCGUUGCUGUUAUUCAAUCGCCAACAGAUUCAGACAGAAUUCCACCUUCUCGCCGAAAGACGCUGGAGGAAUUCUGUCAGGAUCGCAUCACCACCAUGGCGCCUAUUCCGCCUGCGCUCGUCCGUCUGCUGACGGGUCUCGCAGCCGAGCAAAUCACACGUCGGCUGGCCGCUUCACCAGCAUUCCAGUCCUUUGUUCACAGAGUGCUUCAUGAAGCGGAUCAUUUGCCCCAUAGACUGCAGGGUAGAGAAGUUCCACCUUGGAGAGACCCGCAUGUGGGCAGACACAAUGGGCCGGGGAUGAUGGGCAAAUUUGAGGAUCCAGGCGAGCCACACGACGAGCCAUCCCCGUUUUCGUCUUCAGGGAAACCGAGCGAUGCCCGAGCCCAUGCAUCAUCCUCCUCAGCAGAGUCAUCCGAAGGCGCCAGGAACAACACCGUACAUCGCGUUCCCAGAGACAAGGUCUGGGCAGACAGACUAGAGAAGCAAGCGAUGGAAGAGGACAAGAGAUUAGAGGACGCUCAGACGAAGGAGAGGGAGUUUCAGGAGCUGAUGGAUAGGUUGAGGAACGGACCUGGAAAGAGAUGACGAGGUUUCACCUGACCAUCAUUUCGAACUUUGCUCUACUGCUUUCAACAUUUCCGCUCCUGCCACCCCUCCUAUGCAGCAUACAUUUGUAUCAU